AUGUCGUUGAAGGCAAUCUCAGCCAAAGAUGCCGCAUCACUUGACAAGGACCUCAUGGAAACCGGCGGCUGGUCUCUAGACCAGUUGAUGGAGCUAGCAGGCCUUUCUGUCUCGCAAGCUGGCGGAGAUGGCCUCGUAGCCGCUCGACACCUCGCACACUUUGGCUACACAACAUCGGUGUACUACCCAAAACAAGGCAAAAACGAGCUCUACCAACGCCUCAAAAUCCAACUCGAAAACCUCUCAGUUCCCUUCAUAGACGACUUCCAACAAGGACUUAAGACAACAGACUUCCUCGUUGACGCAAUCUUCGGCUUCUCAUUCGGUGGACCUUUGCGCGAUCCCUUUGGCGAAAUCGUCUCUCAAAUUGAAUCUUCCAAUGUCAAGGUGCUGAGUGUCGAUGCGCCCAGUUCAUGGGAUAUCCAGAGUGGACCGCCAAAGGAAGGCCACGGUGCGAAAUUCAUGCCGCAUGCGCUGAUCAGCUUGACUGCACCGAAACCGUGCGUGGCGUUUUACCGGGGCAGGCAUUUUAUUGGCGGUAGGUUCUUGACGAAGAAAAUUGCGGAUAAGUAUGGGCUUGAUUUGCCCAAGUAUCAGGGUGUGGAUCAGGUUUUGGAGAUUGGGGUUGAUGCGGAGGGAAGAUUGUAA